AUGGCGUUGAAUGUGCGAAACAAGCUGGGAUUCAUUGAUGGUACGAUUGCUAAACCUCCUUUGAAUCACCGCGAUUAUGGUGCUUGGUCUAGAUGCAAUGAUAUGAUUGCAACUUGGUUAGUGAACUCAGUAUCGAAGAAGAUUGGUCAAAGUUUGUUGUUCAUUUCGACUGCUGAAGGAAUAUGGAACAACUUGAUCUCUCGUUUCAAACAAGACGAUGCACCUCGUGUAUAUGAUCUUGAGAAAAGGCUGAGUUCUAUUGAACAAGGAAACAUGGAUAGGAGUCGUGUGACUAAGUUUCUGAUGGGAUUGAAUGAGUCAUACGAGCAGUCAAGCCGAUACAUUCUGAUGUUGAAGCCUAUCCCAACUAUUGAAGAAGCAUUCAAUAUAGUGACUCAGGAUGAACGUCAGAGAGCACUUCGUCCUAGUACUAAGAUUGAUAAUGUGGCUUUUCAGACGUCUACUGCUCAUGUAUCUGCUGGCUUGUUACCGUCUCCUUUGGAUGAGUCGUCUUAUGCGGCUGCGUAUAAUACUUCUCGCCAGGCACAAAGACCAGUUUGUACACACUGCGGCAAGUCUGGUCAUACGAUUCAUAAGUGUUUCAAGCUUCAUGGCUUUCCUCCGGGAUAUAAAACUGGUUCUCAUUCAUACUACAAGAACCAGUCUAAGCCUGCUUCUUACAAUGCUCAACCUAUGAACCAGAAAGAAGUUUCUCAGACAAAUGCUAUUGCUAAUGUGCAUUCUAGCUUAGCACUACCUCAGCAAAGCAGUCCUGCUCCGAUUGUUCCGCAUCUCACUACUGGUGGUACAAGUAUUACUCCACAGGACUUCACACCACAACAAAUUCAGCAUCUUAUCUCUCAAUUCAAUUCACAAGUCCGGGCUCCAGAGCAUUUUACUCCUUCCUCACGUGCUUCUAUUACAGAACAUGGCAUUAUGGCUUCCACUUCUUCUUCUGGUAUUAUUCCUUUUCCUUCUACUAGCCUAAAAUUUCAACAUCAUAUCCUUACCUUUCAAGAUCAUUGCCUUUCCUCUUUACAAAAUUUUCUUUCUCGUGAUGCUUGGAUCAUUGAUAGUGGGGCUUCUAGUCAUGUCUGUUCUGAUUUAGCAAUGUUUACAAAGCUUGCACCGGUUUCUAGUGUUAAUGUUUCUUUACCUAAUGGCAUUAAUGUACCUAUUACGCAUACUGGAACCAUUAGUUUUUCUGAUUCAUUGAUUCUUUCUAAUGUUCUUAAUGUUCCAGAUUUUCGAUUCAACAUGAUUAGUGUUAGUUGUUUGGUGGGAUCAUUGUCUUGCGCUGCUCACUUUUAUCCUAAUGGUUGUUUCAUUCAGGAACUUUCUCGGGGAUUGAUGAUUGGGAGGGGUGAACUACAUCAUAAUCUUUACAUCCUUGCGAAACCAACCCUCUCAACAUCAACACACAUUGUUCCUUUCUGUGGUUCUGUUCUUCCUGAUGAUCGUUUAUGGCACAUGCGUUUAGGACAUCCUUCUUCUGCUAUCUUACAAAGAUUGAUUUCUCGCAUUCCUACUAUGAAGCCGAGUGAUCCUGCUAAGUCUUCUUGUCAAAUUUGUCCUUUAGCUAAACAGAGGCGUCUAGCUUAUGUUUCUAAUAAUAGUCUGUCUCUUCAUCCAUAUGAUCUUGUCCAUUUAGAUGUUUGGGGUCCUUUUCAUACUGAAUGGGUCUUUACUAUAAAGUACAAUCUGGAUGGGACAGUGGAGCGUUAUCAGUCAAGGCUUGUUGCUCAGGGUUAUACUCAACAAGAGGGUCUUGAUUUGAUGGAUACAUUCUCUCAUGUGGCUAAACGCACCAGUGUCAAGCUUCUAUUGAGCCUUGCAGCAGCUAAAGGACGGCGUUUAACACAAAUGGAUGUAUCUAAUGCUUUUCUCCAUGGUGAUCUUGAUGAGGAGAUCUAUAUGAGUCUACCUCAGGGUUAUACACCCGCUCCUGGUGUUGUCUUGCCUCCAAAUCUAGUUUGUCGCAUGCGUAAGUCUCUUUAUGGAUUGAAACAUGCAUCUAGACAAUGGUACAAGAGGUUUUCUUCGGUUCUUUUGGGAGCUAACUUUGUUCAGUCUCCUGCGGACAACACUCUCUUUGUUCGCUCUACAUCAACAUCUUUUAUAGCCGUCUUGGUUUAUGUUGAUGAUCUCUUGAUUGCCAACAACGAUGAUGAUUCUUUGGAGCAGUUGCAUGCGUUACUUCGUUCUGAAUUCAAAAUCAAAGAUCUUGGUCCAGCUCGUUUCUUUCUUGGUCUUGAGAUAUCAAGGUCUUCUGAGGGUAUUGCAGUUUGCCAAAGGAAGUAUGCCUUGAAUCUACUUGAAGACUCUGGUCUUCUCGGUUGCAUGCCAAGUAGUGUUCCUAUGGAUCCAACACUACAUCUUACAAAGACUUGGGGUUCUCCUCUACUUCAUCCCACAAAAUAUCGAGAACUUAUAGGUCGCUUGUUGUACUUGACGAUCACUCUCCCUGAUAUUACAUUUGCGGUUCAUCAGCUCAGCCAGUUUCUUUCUGCACCAACUGACAUCCAUAUGCAGGCAGCUCACAAGAUAUUGCGUUAUGUGAAGAACAAUCUAGGUCAAGGACUGAUGUUUUCAGCACAGACAAAUCUUUGUCUUAACGCUUUUGCUGAUUCUGAUUGCCUACUUCUACAACAGUUACUCCAGGAUCUUCACAUUACGACUUCUUCUUCUGCUAAGCUCUUCUGUGAUAAUAAGUCUGCUCUACACAUUGCUAUGAACCUUGUCUUCCACGAGAGGACGAAACACAUUGAUAUUGAUUGUCAUACUGUUUGUGAUGAGAUCAAGGCUGGCCGCUUGCGUACAAUGCAUGUUUCUACUUUUAAUCAACUAGCGGAUGUUCUUACGAAGGCCUUGCAUCCUGGUCCGUUCUACUCUCUCGUCAACCGUUUAUCUCUUUCAAGUUUUCAUCUUCCACCUGAUGAUCCGAAGCUAAAGACUUGA